AUGAACUUUUCGAAUCCAUCUAGGAUUAGGCACCUGUAUUCAACAUCGCCUCUGCGUGGUCUUCUCACAGACCAAGUUCGAUAUAAAGCCAUGGACCCUCCACCGUCAUCUCAACAGCUAACAUCAUCAACAGCAAGCACCAGCGAUCACAAGAACAUCAACAAGCUCUCUCACCUCAAGCCAACGCCCGCCUUCACUCAGCUUACUAGUCAUCGACUACACACCUCGCCAACCUCGCCUCUUCCCAGUCAAAACAUCUUUCAACUCAGCAAAAUGUCUGGAUCCGACAGCUCAAGCACCAAGUGGGACGACAUCCUCAAGCACGGAUCGGCCCUCAGCAUCGUCAGGCCUGAUGUCGUCUUCACCCCAUAUGGAGGCGGUUCCAGCUCUGGCAGUUCGUCAGGGGGGUCUUCUUCAAACUCUUCCGGUGGUUCAUCGUCUGGCGGGAAAUAAACGUAUUAUCCGGGUUAUUCAACAUUGAGGAGGUCAACUCCCAUACACACUCGUUUCGAACCAUUUCAUUUACAGCAUCAGCAUAGCGACUUGCAUGACACAUUAGAUCAUAGACGGGCGGUUCUCGAGCAGUUGGGGAGAGGCAUUGGCAUCUACUAGAUACGCCCGGUUGGCUGGAUUCAAUCGGGCAGCCCCCAAGGGCAUUUGCAUGGAGAACAGUUAGUAGGAUCUGCUGGGUACGACGGGAGGAUGGGUGCAUGACGGGGGAUUUUCCUAUACCUACUUUUACAGCUUCGCUUCUUUUUACACGACUUUUACCAAUUGAAUCGCGCGAUUUCAACUUCA